AUGACACUACCAAAAUGGAGAAAGGCUGAACCAAUGUCAUUAUGGUGGACUAAAAUUCCUUCAAUUCAAUAUUCUAACAAUAAAUUAGUCUCACAAAAAUUUCCAGCAUUUAAUGUCACUCAGUUUAAAAAUAUAACAACAACAAUUAAUUGCACUUUUACACUUGUUAAUACGAUUACUGAUUGUUCUGCCAAUCUUAAAUUGUUUGACAAUGGAAGGUAUAAAUUUACUCCUAGUGAAAACAUGAAUGCUGAUGAUAAUUGGAGUUACAUGAUCCUUUCUUGGAAUUAUAUUCCUGGACAUGAUUUCAAUUAUAUUUCUUUUGAAUUAGAUGAUAUCAAAAAGAAAUAUCCAGAUCAGGCUAACCUUCAAAAAUACAUAGAUUAUCUCCAAGACCUUGAACUUGUUCAAGGAAACAAGAGUAAUUAUUUUUAUAUUAAAUGGACCAGAAGAGAGUACUUAAUUCGUGAUGGGACAAAUUAUUUAGAUAUUCCUAAUCGUCAUAUUCCACUUUGUAUUGGAGAACCAAUGGCUUUAUCAUCUAUGACAGGACUCAAAGAGUUAUCCAACCAUAUGGGAGUCGUCAUGGAAAUGGAUUGUAUAACUUUAUUAAUUGAUGAUCCGCAAAUAAAUGAGUGUGUCGUACAAAAUAAAAAAUGA